GGGCUGCUGUGCUCUUUCCAGGAGUGCUUCGUGUGUCGUGAGAGCGGGGCCACCAUCACCUGCGAGGAGAUGGACUGCGACCUCAGCUUCCAUCUCCCCUGUGCCAUGGAGGGUGAAUGCAUCACCCAUUACAUCCCACCGCACAGAACCCAGUGCCACUCAACUCGCCCAUCUUUUUCCUGCUAUUGCUGCGAGCACCGCCCACAGCAGCGGAAAGAGGUGGCUCCAGAGAACACCACCUGCCUCAUCUGCCUGAACCCUGUUGUUGGCAGAACAACCUACAGGACCAUGGUGUGCCCAGUGUGCAAACACGCCUGGUUCCACAGGGCCUGCAUCCAGAGACAGGCUCUUAGCGCCGGCCUUUCUUGCUUAGGGUGCCCUCUCUGUAGAAACAGGAAUAUAUUUCUCAUGGAAAUGCUCUUCAUGGGGAUCCAAAUCCCCGUCAGAGAAGCGUCAUGGGAGCACAACAGUGCAUACGCACCACUGCACCAGAGGCACAGCAGCUGCAAUGCCGGGGAGUGCCUUUGUCCAGGAGGCAGGGAGGAGGCAGAGCCAGAGGGGCCCUGGCAGCUGCUCCUGUGCCAAUCCUGCGCUGCUGAGGGCACGCACAGACGCUGCGCCAACUUGGAGAACAGCAGCGAGAGAUGGGAAUGUGACAGCUGUGCUGGCGUGGGCACCUCCUACAGAGUCAGCUCAGAGCUUGCUGGUCCCAGCAGCAGCACCCCAGCAGCAUCGGGGCAGACUCUGGGACCUCCAGCACAGGAGACCAUCAGCCCAAGCACUAGCAGACAGUUGGAAUCGGGGCCAUUCCGUGGCUUGCCAGCGCCUGAGCACAGCAGCCGCUCCAGCCCCCCCGGGCCUCAGCGACGACGGAACCAAACCCGGUGUGACCGUCAGACCCGGACUCCCUAUACACGACCAACAAGAGAGCGAGAGAGAAGCCAAGCAGCGAGCAGCACCCACAGCCAGGCAGUGCCGGGGCUGUCCCGAUGCCCCCCAGCAUGUGAGACCCGCAGCCCCAGCACCGCUGAGCAGCAGCCAUCGGCAUCAUCCCAUGGCCCCAGAGCACACCAAAGAGGCAGCACCUCAAGAUGCACGGGGCCUGUGCGGGUGCGAGACCGCUCCCGCUUGCAACAUCGGGCCCAAACUCCCAACACGUGGGCCGGGUACCUCCGUGGGACCAACCAUGCUUCAUCUCCGAGCGACAGCUCUGAUCCCCCUCCACCGGCACAAUAA